AACACUGCUGUGAUGUGCGGUGGAACGUAGGUGAAACACAGCAUUCAGCGUUACUGCAUCACUGGAAGUGAUGCAUCAACGUUUCGUAUCAGAGCAUGCACACCAACUAUGGGGGUGCGCUCCUUUGUCAAGCUCUGGUUCACUCCUAAGCAUCCUUCCAACACUAAAACAUCACGGGCGGACUGACCAUUUGGAAAUUCGGGCACUGCCAGAGGGCCCGGGGUCAGUAGGGGGCCCCAUGAGAUGCCCCGGUACCUUUUUCAUAGGCUUUUUUGAGUUUGGGCAAGGAGAGGGCCCCAUGAUCCCCUAUUGCCCGGGGGCACCAUGA